AUGCAGAAAGAACAGAUUUCGAUUCGUAAAGUGAACGUUGUUGAAUACAAGAUGGGAACGAUAAUUAGUAGAUCUGGAUCUGUGGUAGUGGAUAUCGUCAAGGAGGCGCUGAAGAAGCUGAAUGCUGGUCUCGAAAGUGUGGUCAAAGCUGAAGUUCUGCGGAGUGGAACUCUUGUGGAAGUGGAUUCGGCUGAUAAGAUAGAUCCUAAUGAAGAGUUGGUUAUCACUUUGGACUUGUAUCGUCGUGUAAGUUUGCUUUGCAGCUGAUUUGUGAUGCAUGAUCAGGUUUUUCCUUCUAAAACAAUAUUUUUAGGUAUAUUUUGUUGAAAAAAAGCAUUUAUUGUAAAUAUUUGGAUUGAAUGAGGUAUUAUAUUGUUUUAUGUGUUUUAUUUAUGUUAUGGAAUUCAAAUAUUAUUUGAUUUGAUUAAUGAUUGAUAUUGUUUUAGGUUAGGAUGGACCCGUUGGUUGAAGCUGUGCUUUUUUCAAAGGAUAACAAGCAGUUGACGGAAACUGUUUUGAAGUACGCAGAUGAUGGUAUGUUUUUAAUGUAUUUUAGGUAUUUUUUUGUGCAAAUUACCUCUAAAACAUUUUUUUUGCAAUUUUGACAAUUUGGUACCUAAAAAUUUGUCUUUCAUUGCUUUUAAGGUUGAAGAUUAAAUUAUGUAAGAUUAUUUUGUUCUUGAUGAAACAAUAAAGUAAAAUGCUGUUUUUAGAGAUAAGGGGACAGGUUUGGAAGUUGGAGGACAAAUACCUUAAUGAUAAUCUGAAGGGUAGAGCUUACAGCCAAAUCUCAGAUGAUGUUGUUGGUACUAUUAACCGAGCGCUUCUGGAUUGCCUUCAGAAGGUCAAGGAAGUUGAUGUAGCUUCAGAAGUGAGUGGACACGGCGCUAUGGAGGGACAUAGUGAUGUAGCUGGUAUCCAUUUUGAAAAAAAUCGUGCUGUUGAGAACAGCUUCAGGGCACGAGAUUUCGCAACAAUUGGCUCCGCUGUAAGUUUCUUAGUGAUUUUUUGUUUUCUUAUAGGAAUUAUCUUGUAUUAGGGAUGCUUUGGAAGGAAAACUUUAUUUUAAAUUAUAGAAAACAAGGUCUGAAUAAGAAUGACAACAAAUUUUGUGAAGUGUUAGCAACAAAAGCAAGUGAAGCAUGGUCGGAAACAACGAGGAAUUUUAACUACUUCUUGAUGACCAUGAAUUCAAAAGUCUUGCCCGUUUCGGACGGCGUCUACACUUUCAUUGUGAGUUCAUUUUGUUGAUUUUACUACUUUAUAACUCUUCAGUGAAGUUUUUUACUUCUUAAAAGCUUUUUUCAAUUAUAAAAUUAUUUUUUAACUUUUUUUAGUAUAAAACGGAUAUGUCUAAUGUUCUCGCUCGCGUCAAUUCUAUGAUCGUACGCAGAGGAAAGGAUACAUGUAUGAUUAUCUUCCCAUCUUCACAAUGGCUCUUUUCGCGAAGCUACAUUAAGUGGGAUAAUAUUCUCAAAAAAGGGCUUAAGAAGUUGAACGAAACUCUUAAAACGCUGUCAAAUAUCUACUUGUACAUUUUCGGAUUUCCAACUGACCCAUUAGAUGUGCACUUUAUUGGACGAUUGGGAAAAUUCAACAGAAUUUGUGAACAUAACGCCCACAACUUUGGAUUCGUGGAUACCUCAAUGUUUUUGCCAAAACAUCUGAAGGCAUCAUCAUUGAAACGGCGAGAUUUGACGGACCCAAAGUUGUUACCUGAUGAUUUGGAGACUGAAGUCUUGGGCAAGGCUGUUGAUCACAUCAAGGGCUUGGUUGAGGGAAGUUGA